UUCCGCUCACUUUCCUUCCUUCCAGAAAAGAGCGUGGUGAAGAUGGCGGAGCAAAAGUCGAUGCCGAGCGAUCUUUACAAAUGCGUAUAUUCCUUUCUGGUGGAGAACAAGUUCACCAAGGCGGCUCAGCAGUUUAUGAAACAGACUAAAGUGACUCCACAAGAUGAAAAUGAUGAGAGCCUCGUCGGCAUCUACGACUUCUGGGUGAAGUCUCCUGAAGCCAAGAAACGAAAGGCGCCCUCCAGCACAGCUGAAUCUAAAACAAGUCCAUCAGCCAAGAAGGCAAAAACCAGUGCAGCGAGCUCCAGCAGCGAAGACUCAAGCAGCGACGAUGAAGCAGCGGUUGCAAAACCAACCAAGGCAGCCCCUGCAGCAGCUAAGGUGGUGCCCGCUAAAGCACCUGUACCAGCAGCAGCUACUAAAGUGGCAUCCAGCAGCAGUGAAGACUCCAGUGACUCUGAGGAGGAGAAGGCCCCUGCAAAGGCUCCUGCAAAGGCUCCUGUGAAGGCGCCCGCUGCCCCUGCUGCAGGAAGGAAGAAAGACAGCAGCUCCAGCAGUGAAGAAUCUGACUCUGAGGAUGAGCAGCCUGCUAAAGCCCCAGCCAAAGCCAAGGGUGUUACAGUCACAGCAGCCAAAUCUGCUGCUCCUGCUAAAGCUGCAGCUCAGAAAAAAAAAGAUAGCAGCAGCGAAGACAGUUCAUCAGAUUCAGAAGAUGAAAAACCAACCAAGGCUCCAGCUAAACCGGCUCCAGCUAAAGCGGCCCCCGUGAAAGCAGCUGCUGCUGAAUCAAGCAGUGAAGACUCAUCUGAAGAUGAGGCUCCACCCAGCAAAAAACCCAAAGCAGGAGCGUACAGUGCAGUCCCACCUCCCGCUUCAGUGACCAAGGCUCCAGCUGCACCAGCAGCCAGCAAGGCCAAGGACAGCUCCUCAAACAGCAGCAGUGACGAGGAAGAAGAGAAGAAAGUAGCUGCAAAGCCUGCACCGGUAAAGACCCCCGCUGCAAAACCAGCGGCGAAGGAGUCCAGCUCAGAUUCAAGCUCAGAUGAAGAGGAGGCAAAAAAGCCUGCUGUGAAAGUCACCCCAGCUAAAGCUGCCCCAGUCAAGGCUGCUCCCGCUAAAGACUCAGACUCAUCCAGUUCAGAGGAAGAAGAGGAGGCAAAAAAACCUGCAGCAAAGGUGACUCCUGCAAAGGCUGCUCCAGCUAAACCUGUUGCAGCUAAAGUCACGCCUGCUAAAAAAGACUCCAGUUCAGAGGACGAUUCUAGUUCAGAGGAGGAAGAGGAGGCCAAAAAACCUGCAGCAAAGGUGACUCCUGCAAAGAAGCCAGCAGCUAAACCUGCACCAGCUAAAAAAGAGGAGUCAAGUUCAGACAGCAGCUCUGAAGAUGAGGCUCCAGCCAAACCUGCUGCUAAAGCUGCAGCCAAACCAAAACCUGCUGCUGUAGCUUCCAAAGCCCCCGCCAAGGCAGCUGAGAGCAGCUCUGAUGACUCCUCUGAGGAUGAAGAAAUGACAGUGAAAGCUAAGCCUGCUGCAAAGCCUGCUACCCCGGCUGCAAAGCCAGCUGCAAAGCCUGCUGCUGCUGCAGAGAGCAGCUCAGACUCUGACUCCUCCUCUGAGGAUGAGGAAGAGCCAGCUGCAGGUAAGCCAGCUGCAGCUAAACCCGCUGCUAAGCCAGCUACCCCAGCUUCAAAGCCUGCUACCCCCGCUGCAAAACCUGCUGCAGAGAGCAGCUCUGACUCUUCUGAAGAUGAAGAACCAGCCAAGGCUAAACCUGCAGCAGCUAAACCAGCUGCAAAGCCUGCCACUCCUGUAGCAAAACCUGCAGAAAGCAGCUCUGACUCUUCUGAAGAUGAAGAACCAGCUAAGGCUAAACCUGCAGCAGCUAAACCAGCUUCAAAGCCUGCCACUCCUGUAGCAAAACCUGCUGCUGCAGCAGAAAGCAGCUCUGACUCUUCUGAAGAUGAAGAACCAGCUAAGGCUAAACCAGCUGCAAAGCCUGCUACGCCUGCAGCAAAGCCGGCUGCUGCAGCAGAGAGCAGCUCUGACUCUUCUUCUGAAGAUGAAGAACCAGCUAAGGCUAAACCAGCCGCAAAGCCAGCUACCCCAGCUUCAAAGCCUGCUACGCCUGCAGCCAAGCCGGCUGCUGCAGCAGAGAGCAGCUCUGACUCUUCUUCUGAAGAGGAAGAACCAGCAGUCAAGGCUAAACCUGCAGCGGCUAAGCCUGCUACACCCGCCUCAAAGCCUGCUACCCCCGCAGCAAAGGCAGCUGCUGCAGCAGAGAGCAGCUCUGAGUCUUCUUCUGAAGAUGAAGAGCCCGCUAAGGCUAAGCCAGCUACACCAGCUAAGGCUAAACCAGCUAAGGCUAAACCAGCUAAGGCUAAGCCGGCCACGCCUGUAGCAAAGGAAGCUGCUGCAGCGGAAAGCAGCUCUGACUCUUCUUCUGAAGAUGAAGAGCCCGCUAAGGCAGCUACACCAGCUAAGGCUAAACCAGCUACACCCGCUAAGGCUAAGCCGGCCACGCCUGUAGCAAAGCCAGCUGCUGCAGCGGAAAGCAGCUCUGACUCUUCUUCUGAAGAUGAAGAACCAGCUAAGGCUAAACCAGCCGCAAAGCCAGCUACCCCAGCUUCAAAGCCUGCUACGCCUGCAGCCAAGCCGGCUGCUGCAGCAGAGAGCAGCUCUGACUCUUCUUCUGAAGAGGAAGAACCAGCAGUCAAGGCUAAACCUGCAGCGGCUAAGCCUGCUACACCCGCAGCAAAGGCAGCUGCUGCAGCAGAGAGCAGCUCUGAGUCUUCUUCUGAAGAUGAAGAGCCCGCUAAGGCUAAGCCAGCUACAUCAGCUAAGGCUAAGCCAGCUACAUCAGCUAAGGCUAAGCCAGCUACAUCAGCUAAGGCUAAACCAACUACCCCCGCUGCAAAGCCAGCGGCAGCAGCAGAGAGCAGCUCUGACUCCGACAGUGACUCUGAGGAUGAGGCAGCCAAACCUGCAGUCAAGAAACCAACUCCUGCAGCAGCAGCCCCUGCUAGCACGCCCAAAGCUUCAACAAAGAAGGCUGAGAGCAGCUCCGACAGCUCCGAUUCAGAGACUGAGGCCACCCCUGCCAAGCCUGCAGUCACCAAUGGCAAGGCAGCUACACCCAAGGCAGCUACACCCAAGGCAGCUACACCCAAGGCAGCUACACCCAAGACUCCAGCAAAGCCUGCAGAGUCAUCGUCCAGUGACAGCAGCUCCGAAGAGGAAGAAGAGGCCAGUAAAAGUGCUGUAAAACCUGCUACACCUGCAGCAACACCCAAGAAGACCCCGGCUGCUAAAGCUAAAGAGAGCAGCUCCUCAGACAGUUCAUCAGAGGAGGACGCACCACGCAGAGCAGCCACUGCACCCACCACCCCCACAACAAAUGGAAAAAGAAAAAAAGGUGAAGAGUCACCGGAGAGCGACGAGGAAGAGACAGAAAUGACUACACCAAAAACCAAGAUGGCAACAACCACACCUCAGACGUUUCCUAAAGCCAAUAAGAAGUCGUCCAAUGUACCCUUCCGUAGAAUAAGAGAGGAAGAAGUAGCGGUGGAUCCCCGUCUCCAAGACAAUUCUUUUGAUGCAAAGUUCGGAUCAAACGGGGACUGGGGCCAGAAAGCCAACGACACGCUCAGGUUCACAAAGGGCAAGUCAUUCCGCCAUGAAAAGACAAAGAAGAAGAGGGGGAGCUACCGCGGCGGAGCCAUCAACUCCACCUCCGUCAACUCUAUUAAGUUUGACAGUGAAUAAGGACGGCUCUUUGAACUUUACUGUACCUGUGUGAUCAGGACUGUCUGAUGAUCGCUUCCCCCCCCCCUGUUACCAGUCCCUCUGUCAUCACUACCCAGCAGCACACUGACAGGAAGUGAGCCGUAGAGCUGAGCCGGCGCUCACUUUCCGUCAGCUGCCCUUCGCUGUACUGCUUAAGGUUGGCACCCAUGUGAUAUCAUCACUUAUAGCCACUAGGUGGCUGCAGGCCACCUGUUAAUGGUAAACGCCAAUGUGUGUAUUGGGCCCCCUUUUCAGUUUGUUUUGAUGUUAACCUGUUCUUUCAUUGUUCUAUGUAUGAUUGACAGCCAUACACCCCAACAGGUUCUUAUAUGAUGAAACAAGGUUGAUAACGAUUUUAAUGGAUCACAUGGUUUCUUGAAGUUUCUUUGGUUGUUUGUCAACAUUUCUUUUUGGCCAUUUCUUUUUUUUUGGCACUUGGAUUUUCUUUUCACUUAACAUUACCCAAUCUUUUGGAAAGUAAAACUGAGUUUUAUACUGUGUAUUUAUUAAGUUUUAUUCCAUUUCAAUGUUGAGGACCUUAGACUGUCCAUUUCAUUCUUUUUCUUAAGCCAUUUUGCUUUGAAACUGAUUUCUUCUGAUGUUAGGAUACUCCUGCUCUAAUCUGUUAGUGGUAUCGAAUGUAUUAUUAGUCAAUGUAACCGAGAGCCAUGUUUGUUUCAAUGAUUGGAAUUUACGGUGUGAACCUGUAGGGACUUUUGAGAACCUUUUUUUUUAUUAAUGGAUUUAGAUGUAAUUAAAGACCGAAUAGCUCAAA